AUUUGCUUUAUAAAUCUUUAAAUGUGGUAUUAUUCUUCGUUCUUGUAGUAUGCUAUCUUGAAUAAUAUGAGCUUUAAUCUUUGAAAAUUGUGCAUUGGUUUUUUAAUUGCGAUUAAGAUAUCUUAAUAAAAUAUCGAAAAUCAUUAAUUGCUCGCACCGUUUCCAUAGUGAAAUAACAAACCGGAACUGUGAAAUACCUGAUUCCGCAUAACCCCCAGUCACAAUGUUUUUUUCUCUCUCAGUAUGAAAUAAACUGGGGAAAGAAAAAAGAUGUUUCCUAUUGUUUUUUUUUCAUAUAAAGCAUUUGAAUAAUGUCCUCUAGUGUUGGUGCCGAUUGUACAGAUCUCAAGCAAAGAUACGAUACUUGCUUCAACAAAUGGUACUCUGAAAAGUUUUUAAAAGGAGACACUACACCUGAAUGUGAAGACCUUUUCAAAGAUUACAGAGCAUGUGUCAUGUCUACCUUGAAAGAAAAGGGUAUUGAUAAAUUAUUAGACGACUCUCGUAAGGAAGCACCCUUCCCUUCCACCGACAAGCAAGAACAAAGUUCUGAAAAGGCUGCAUAAAAUACACGUCUAAAAUAAUGACACUCCCAACUAGACUUUUUUUUUUCUCCCGAUGUUGAUAAAAUGAAAUAAAAAGAUGUAUUGCUAUCCAAUACGUUUUUACAUGUAGAGAGAGAGAGAGAGAGGGAUUGAGGGAGACAGAAAAAGCUUAAAAAGGG